AUGUGGGUCAUGUGGUCAUGUGACCUCCUUAGUGGCGGCUCGUGGGCUCUCAAUUCCUGGUCAUCCUCCUGGGUAUUCUCGUGGGCGUCACCCCUUGUGGACCCCUCGUGGGCGUUACUCCUCGUGGGCGUCACCAUUUAUCUGUAG